AUGACGAUAAAACGCAUCGUUCACCUCGGGGCCAUUGUGGAGAAAUAUCGUCCACAGCUGGACCCCUUCGAGGCCAUAUAUCGGCGCCUUCACGCUUCACCAGAGCUCUCGUCCCAAGAAGAGCAGACAGCUGCCAUAGCUGCUGGGCAUCUUGAGAGCUUAGGCUUUGAGGUACACACCAAGAUUGGCGGCCAUGGUGUAGCUGGUGUCUUGCGCAAUGGACCCGGUAAAACGGUUCUCUUGCGGGCAGAUAUGGACGGCCUGCCUGUUUUUGAGAAGACAGGCCUUGAGUACGCAAGCAAGAAACGCAUGGUCGACACUGAUGGCGUCGAAAAACCAACGAUGCAUGCUUGCGGCCAUGAUACACACGUUACGAGCUUAAUGGCUGCUGCGACUGUGUUGCAUUCCUCCCGAGCGCAUUGGAGUGGAACGCUUAUCUGCGUCUUUCAGCCAGCUGAAGAGCACCUUAAUGGUGCGCAGGCGAUGGUUGACGAUGGGCUUUAUAACAAGAUUCCGAAGCCGGAUGUUGUACUCGGACAGCACGUUAUGAAAAUGAAGACGGGGACCGUCGCUGUCCUUGCUGGCCCUAUUCUGACUGCCAGCGACUCGUUUUCAGUUCGCAUUCACGGUCGCGGAGGGCAUGGCUCAAUGCCGGAUCAUUGCAUCGAUCCCAUUGUCAUCGGAUGUUCGCUCGUGUCUCGUCUACAGACGAUAGUCAGUAGAGAGGUUACGCCAGGCGAGUUAGCGGUUGUGACUUGCGGCAGCAUCCAUGCCGGUGAUGCGGAGAAUGUCAUCCCUGACUUCUUGGAUCUGAAGCUGAACGUACGAACGUACAGUCCAGAGAUCAGGGAACGUGUCCUAAAUUCUCUGCACAGAAUCAUCGAAGCAGAGUGCCAGGCCUCCGGUGCUGUAGAGAAGCCGACUAUCAAACGUACAUUCUCUAGCCCAUCAACUGUUAAUGAUGAGGCAACAGUAGAGAAGCUCAAGGGGACAUUCAAUCCCUACUUCAAGGACAGAAUGGUGGAAUCGAAACCAUCUACUGCCAGUGAAGACUUCUCGAUUCUGGCUACCGCAGUUGGCGCUCCGUAUGUCUAUUGGAACUUUGGUGGUGUGGAUGCUGAGAAAUGGGAGGAUGCCAAGGCACGGGGGAAAUUAGAAGAGCUUCCUAGUAACCACUCCCCGUUCUUUGCGCCUGUUAUUGAGCCAACACUAAAAACGGGCAUCGAUGCUAUGUCUCUUGCUGCUUUGACAUUCUUCAACUGAGAAAAAAGAAAGAAAAAAGCUUUGCUGGUGAUGAUUGAACUAGAGAUACUAUGUUAUAUACUGACGAGCAUGAUACUGGUUAUAACGCUCGUGUCAAUAGUUUCUGAUCAUGCCAUCCUAGAUGUAAGGAUGAAAUUUUGUUUGCAGAGGGCGCAAAAUAUAAGUGUACAUGCAGCCCAUGAAAACGAUUGUUAGUAUAAUACAUAAACAACCUCAAUCUUCACAUGAUAACAGUGGAGACAAUUGCCCGC